AUGAAAAACUCACAGUACAAACCCGCCGCUAUCUCAUUGCUACUCGGUGCACUCCCUGUACUGGCUCAGGACACAUGUCUAACAGAGAAAUGCUGUCUCUCAGACCCGCCACAUCCUUUGCGGCAGGAUGCCCAGCUCCGGUGCCCCCCUCCCAUUGACGACGACAAUGGGCCGGAACCUGUCGACUGGUCGCCCUGGACGCACCAGCCUGACUGCGUCAGCGCGGAGAGAGAUCCAAAACUGAAAUAUUGCGUGUACAGCAAUUCACGGCAUGGCUACCAAGGAAUCAGCCUUAUCACGAAGCCCAGGACGGCAGCGGAGAGCACCGUCAUGCUCAACGAAGAGUUCCCUGGGGGUCAUGGCCUCAACAAUACUAUACCGAGCUACGCCAUCAUCGAUAUUCCUCCGAAAGGCAAGGGGGUAGUAGCUACACGAAGGAUCCGCCGCGCGGAGGCAUUCAUGUCGGAUUGGGCGAGCGUAGUGCUCGACCUAUCAUUCCCCAAGGCUACGCAACAGCAUAUUGGGCACCAAUUCCUCCAUUUGGCUGCGGAACAGCUUUCGGACCCAGGAAGGGUUCUUGGACUCGGUCGAUCGAGCACUCAGGCCGUCGACAUCAUGGAGGACAUACUCGGCACCAACUCUUUUUCUUAUACUCUUGGCGGGGAUUCGCAUAUGGCGCUAUACCCAGAAGUUGCUAGGAUCAACCACGCCUGUAGGCCGAAUGCAUUUGUACGAUUCAGUCCAACUAGUUUCGAUGUCAAGGUUGUCGCCUUCCGGGAUAUCGAAAUAGGAGAAGAGAUCACGAUCAGUUAUAUCCCCCUGAACCACGCAAGAGAGAAAAGACAGCGCGCUCUCCGCCGCUGGGGCUUCGAGUGCAAGUGUAGUCUCUGCACAGCUUCGCAGACGGAAAUAGCGGCGUCCGACUACCGACGAGAGAAGAUUGCUUCGUUGCAAGCCGGCAUUAUGAAGGCGAUCGAUGAAUUAGACGGCACGGCGGCCGUGCGUGCGACGUAUGAGAUCCUUGCGCUCGUCGAAGCGGAGGAUAUCCCCACGAUGGUCGCCUCGCAGUACGAAGUGCUCGCUAGACUUUACUGGAAAGCCGGUGAUAACGAUACUGCUGUCCAGUAUGCUCAGAAGUCACUUGAUCAUCUUAGUGACUUGGGAUACAUUGACUCCCGCCCGGAUGAUCUUGAACUCUUGUUGAAGGACUUCACUCGGUGA